AUGCUCACCACUUGGGACGUAGAUGAUCUGAAAAAAGUUGCAGCUAUAUUUAACCAUUCUCAAAUUAAGAUAGUCGGUAUCAAAAUUGGUCAGUUAUUUCUGCAUGAACAUAUUGCUAAAGAAGGAUUAGUAGAACAAGUUGAGAAAAUCGUAGAUUUGGCUGAAAUAGCAUUAAGUUUGGCUGAGUUAAAUUAUAAAUUAAU